UGUUUCUGAGCAUACCCCAAACCUCACUUUUGCAGUUAUGUUGUUUUCCUGAGAGCACAAUUAUGACAAGAACUCAAAAAUGAUUCAAGGAAGCGCUCUAAAAACAGCCUCUUUUCUGCUACUUCUGGCCUCCAUUACACAAGGGUUCAGGGAUGUUCCAGUUUUCCAUUAUAAAACUAAGGAGGCGUUGGUGGGUCAGAAUGUGUCUUUACCCUGUUUUUUUGAAAACAUUGGUAACAUGACAUAUGUCAGCAGUGAAUGGAAGAGAAAUUCGUCAAAGUUGGCUCUGCACAACUCAAUUCAUGGCUACUCGUUUUUUUCACCAAAUGUAACUUUAAAAACUAUUAAAAAUGGCAAAGAUCAACUAAUAGGCACCCGUUUAGAAUUUCCAAACACAGACAAAGGGGACACUGGCACCUACAUUUGUGAAAUUGGAGCCUUUCCGAUUGGAAACCACCGGAGACAGACUGAACUGAGAAUCAAAGAUAUGAUUGAGUGUGACAGGAACAGCAUCAUUGAAGUCCAUUCUGGGGAAAAUGUGACCAUUCACUGCCAUGAGUUUGCCAGUGUUACAUACACAUGGACCAAGGAAGAGGUGGUGGUUUCAAACAGCCCAUCUCUGCACCUGCUGUCUGUGUCUGUAUUCAACGCUGGGCUCUACACACUUAGUGUUCACACAGGAAACAGCCUUCUACACAAAGAAUUCAGCAUUACAGUAUCCUCACAAUCCACAGACUAUUAUGCAGAUGCUUCAACACUGUCUCCUGACAGCAGCAGCAAUGAAAAUGAGACUACCACAUAUUCUCCUGUCACCACGUUUGCGACAGAAAAUACACAAAAAGCAACAACAACAAUUCCAAUCUCAAACAGUCAACCUGCCAAUUUACAAAACACAACAGACACCACGAUGUAUCAUACAAGCAACAUCCAAUCAGAAUCUUACAACACAACUCUAACUGUGAGUACUGUAAGUGAACAUUUCAACCAAUCAUUGACCAGCAAAGGUUUCGGCCAGUCAGAAACUUACAAUACAACCCUAGCGUAUAAUCAGUCAGAGAGCUUUGAUACUGUGAGUAUUGGAAGUGAACAUUUUAACCAAUUAGAAACAUUCAACACAAGUAUGAGCUAUAACCACCCAGUAACAAACUAUACAACUCAGCCAUAUGUGAAUGAUGCAAGUUUUGUUACAGUAGACUAUGAUUCAGCUCUUAAUGAGGCAGAGUCCACCACUUCUCCUCCUACCACAUUCCUGGGGAUUCCUACAGUGGAAGACACCUCAGAUGUCACAGACCAACAAGGUCCAGCAGACAAUGAAGAGAGCAGCCAUUUGGGUUUGACACUGCUUAUCAUUGGAGGGGUUUUACUGAUCAUUGGAGCUCUCUUUCUGUAUAGAAGAAGAGUGCUCAAAAAGAGGGGUGAUCUUCCUCCUCCCUUCAAGCCUCCUCCUCCUCCGGUAAAGUACACAGCAGUCAGGACUGCUCCACAGUCUUUUCCCACAGACAGGUGUAACUCAAUAACAAUGCCGAUCAGCAUGGAGAAGAGACAAGCAUUUGUUUAAAAAUGUACACAUUAUGGUGGCCUGAAGUACAAACUAAUAUAAUAUAAUAUAAUAUAAUAUAAUAUAUAAUAUAAUAUAAAACAAUAUAAUAUAAUAUAAUAUAUGAUGAAGUUUGGUAAUAGCCUCAAAACCAUGCACUGUUCCAAUGUGUGCUAAAAUGAACCGUGAGUAAUAUAAUGGUAUAAAUGUGUAUAUGCAAUAUUAUAUCAGUUUUUGUAUAGAUGAAUGUGUGGUAAACCAUUUAAUAAUGUAAGCACUUUCAACUCUGCACUGUUUUUAAUAGUUUCUUUACAUGCAUACAUUUGUAUUUGAAAUAUCAGUAUUACACAAUAAUGUUAUGUCGUUUUACAUGCUUGUUUUUAUUUUAUUUUUUAAAAUUGUAAUAUUGUAAAUGGUUUCAGCAAAGAAUUUGAUUUUGGGGGAAUUUAAAGUAAGCAGGUGUAAGCUGCACCAUUUUAUUUUUUUCUGUAAUAAAGUGUCUGUAGUUGC